AUCCCCAGUGGACUGAGCACAUGGGAACUUCAGUACGCUGAAACAAGUCCUUAAUGUUGUCUGAGGGUACAGCCAAAGCCCAGGAAAGUCUUUGUCUGAACGUUACGUUUCAAAGCAAAACAAGAAACCCGUAGACAAAAUAAUUCAACUCCCACUUGCAAAGUUGAUCGGAAUGGCUGAGCACUGUGUGUGUAAUGCUCCUGGAGAGUCCUUGGCUCCUUCAGCCUUGCAAGUCUCCCACGAGACCAGAAGCAGCCACAGGUGAAAGCAGCCACAGGCUCAGCACAAUGGGGUGGAGUUCAUUUCUUUUGUUCCUGAGAGCUGAAUAGGAGAAAGGGACAUUUCAGCUUUUCUUGAUAAAGAUUAUAUCAUCUUACUUGAACUGUGAGACAAGAAUACUUCUUGAAAAUUAAGAGUUCUACAGCUCUAAGACAUCGCCUGUACCUGUGGAAAAGGGCUUUAGUCCUACACUGCAUUCUCAGCUCAGGCUUGGAGUGAUACCACACAAGAUUGUCCACCUUCUCUGUGCUGCUGUCAUUAAUACAUCAAGUACCAGGCAGGUCGUGCUUGGCCGAGGAAGGAAGAGCAUUGUUGGCAAGGAGACUUGGUGGUUCAUCCAAACCUCAACUUUCAUUUAAGCUGCUCAAAACGUGGAACAAGCAUUAACUGCUGCAGUGAUGCCUCCCCGACCGCAUGCCAGUUUUCUAGACAACAUGCCCUUACGAAGUUCUGGCAAGCUGAGCAUGGAGCCCAGAAGAGAUGGUGAGAGUACGGCCCCUGCUCCUCCCCAGAAGAAGCUGUUCUGCCAGUGCCACCACCACUGCCCUGAGGACUCGGUCAACAACACCUGCAGCACCGAUGGCUACUGCUUCACCAUAAUAGAGGAAGAUGAGUCCGGUGGACAUUUAGUCACCAAGGGAUGUCUUGGAUUAGAGGGCUCAGACUUCCAGUGUCGGGACACUCCCAUUCCACACCAAAGAAGAUCUAUUGAAUGUUGCACAGGCCAAGAUUACUGUAACAGACACCUUCACCCUACGCUGCCACCACUGAAAAAUCGAGACUUUGCUGAAGGAAACAUUCACCACAAGGCCCUGCUGAUCUCAGUGACUGUUUGCAGCAUCCUUCUGGUGCUUAUCAUCAUAUUCUUCUACUUCAGAUACAAGCGCCAAGAGACGAGGCCCCACUACAGCAUCGGGCUGGAGCAGGAUGAGACCUACAUUCCCCCUGGGGAGUCCCUGAAGGACUUGAUCGAGCAGUCCCAGAGCUCAGGGAGCGGUUCCGGGCUCCCUCUCCUGGUUCAAAGGACCAUCGCAAAACAGAUUCAAAUGGUGAAGCAGAUUGGAAAAGGUCGCUAUGGAGAAGUCUGGAUGGGAAAGUGGCGUGGCGAAAAGGUAGCAGUGAAAGUGUUUUUUACGACAGAGGAGGCCAGCUGGUUCAGAGAAACAGAAAUCUACCAGACUGUCCUGAUGAGACAUGAAAAUAUUCUUGGAUUCAUUGCUGCAGAUAUUAAAGGUACAGGAUCUUGGACCCAGCUGUAUCUUAUCACUGACUACCAUGAGAAUGGCUCACUUUAUGAUUAUCUAAAAUCUACUACCUUGGACACAAAAGCCAUGCUGAAACUGGCUUACUCCUCUGUCAGUGGCUUGUGCCACCUCCACACGGAGAUCUUCAGUACUCAGGGCAAACCCGCUAUUGCCCACCGUGACCUAAAGAGUAAGAACAUCCUGGUGAAAAAGAAUGGCACCUGCUGUAUAGCAGAUUUGGGCUUGGCUGUUAAAUUUAUCAGUGAUACAAAUGAGGUAGACAUCCCUCCAAAUACCCGUGUAGGAACAAAACGUUAUAUGCCUCCUGAGGUGCUGGAUGAAAGCUUGAAUAGAAAGCACUUUCAGUCCUACAUCAUGGCUGAUAUGUACAGUUUUGGACUCAUCCUUUGGGAGAUAGCAAGGAGAUGUGUUUCAGGAGGAAUAGUUGAGGAAUACCAGCUCCCAUACCACGACCUCGUGCCCAGCGACCCCUCGUACGAGGACAUGAGGGAGAUCGUGUGCAUCAAGAGACUACGCCCCUCGUUUCCCAACAGAUGGAGCAGUGAUGAGUGCCUACGGCAGAUGGGGAAGCUGAUGAUGGAGUGCUGGGCUCACAGCCCUGGCUCCCGGCUCACAGCCCUGCGCGUCAAGAAAACGCUUGCCAAAAUGUCAGAGUCCCAGGACAUUAAACUCUGACUCUGCCAGAGGCAGCUCUGCUGGAGGCCCCUGGAAAUGGACUUUCUUGUGUACCUUGAAUGGAGGAGUCACGGUUAAGAGCAGCUGCGAGUUUUUGAGGAGACUAUCCAUUGCAAAAAUCACCCAAAAUUUUGACAUGCGAGAUCGAAGAAGCUUGUCUGCCCUUGUUUACAUGGGGAAAUACAGUUUUAGUAACUGGUUUAAGAUUAUGCAUGUUGCUUUCCGUGAAAGCCACUUAUUAUUUUAUUAUUAUUAUUGUUAUUAUUAUUAUUUUGAUUGUUUAA